AUGAUGCCAUGUGUAUUAGAUAAGGAUUUAACUCUUACAGUGGUUUUAUACUCGGCGAGGGCAGUUGAGAAGCUCAGUGACGUCAUCCAGACGAUGAACGUCUCGUACCCUCAUUCCAUCAAGAAGGGGAGUGUUACUGUCAGCGGUUCUAACUCGGCUGUUGACGAAGCAACCUUCAAAUCCGCUGACAUUAACAUUAUUGUCACUGUCAAAGUAACCAAUCAGACGACUCUGAUCAAGAAUAAUGCCAGGUUUGUUCCCAUGAAGGGCAUUGACUGUGCAUCCCAAGCGUUCAAUGAAUCCUAUGGCGACUCUUACAUAUCGGGAUUCAUCGAGGGCGGAGAAUUCACCGGCAUCAUUUCGAUCAAGGUCAUUGAUCGAAGCAAUGUUGAUCUGACUGUCAAGAAGAUCAAAGCCAAGCUUGAUGCUAAAAGUAGCAGCACAGCUACCGAGUUUACUCUCAACAGCUACGAUUCUUUCUCCUCUAGAGGAUCUGCUUCUGUGAUGGAAAACACCGAAAGUCACAUUCACGUCUCCUGGAUGGGUGGCGGACAGAUCAAGAAUGAGAACACACCAUGGGAUAUAGAUUCCAUUUUCAAGGCCGCCGCCGCUUUCCCUCAACGGGUUUCUGAGCGCCCCCAGCUUACUUGGGCCAUCUUGACGAAGUAUAAGUCAAACAGGUCCUUCAUCGAGUGGAACAGCAACAAGCCCGCCAAGACUCUCGAAUACGACCAGGUCAGCAGCUAUACCGCCGAGCUGUUGGACAGCUACAUGGACUACAAGAUUCUGCUCAAGUAUGUUCAGCUCAUCAUUGAUGACCCAGACAGCUAUGAAGCUGUUGACGGGGAAGACGCCCUAGACACGUCCAUCGAUACACUCUUAGGUGUCCGUUUUGCUUUCCGCAAAGAGCAAGGCAAAAUAAUAGAGGCAAUAUCUGUUCUUAGUCGCGAUCCUGGUAUUCUUUCUCGUCAGGCUGGAUGGGGAAGUGGUCGAGCUAACAAGGUGUUGAAUCGGAUUUUAAGCAAGACUGCUGGUUACAAUAGCGAGAAGUCUAAGCCAACACUUCGAAAAGACUCUGAACACGCUCAAGAGGACUUUGACUUCUCUGCUUUGAUACCAGCUGAGCUUUGGAGAAAAUGGAUGCCAGUUCCAAAGCUCCCCUCCUCAACACCGUCUAGCAACACAGUACCUGCGACGUCAAAUCCUUCCGCUAAUGGUUUGUCCGGCCUAGCUCCUCCGCCUUCAGAUGAUCGGGACUGGCGCAGUAAAGAUGCAUCUAUUUUACAAGCAAAGCUGGAUGCCCUUACUAAGGACAUGGCGCUCAAGACUGAAACACAUGUUGGCCAAUCCAAACGGUUCCAGGAUGAGAUCGAGAAGCUUAAAGGGGAGAGUGCCAGCAGCUUAGAGGCUCUCAAAUCAAAGCACAAUGGAGACCUCGAGAAUAUCAAAAAGAAGCAAGCUGAUUCUGAAACCCUGAGAGCCGGGGAUGAGAAAAAGGUUCAAGAAACGCUCCAGCACCUUGAGAAAGAGAAGCAGAAAGCUGUCGAUGCUGCAAAAAAGGAGAUGCAGACUUUGAUGGACAACAGCCAAACCCAAAUGAGAAAUGAAAAAGAAGCCGCUCUUGAUGAGGUCAAAAAGGAAAAGGACGACUCAUACAAAUCUCUCAAGGAAAUGUAUGAAACCUUGAAAAAGGAGCUCAGUGACCUAACAUUGGCCGAUGCCACAUUGGCUACUGACAGUAAGGCCUUGGCAGCAGAAAAGAUCUCUUUGACAACUGAGUUGUCUGAAAAGAAAUCUGCAUACAAUACCCUGCAAGCUCAGUAUGAUACCCUGAAAAAAGAGCGCGACUCUUUGACAACUCAGUUGUCUGAAAAGAACUCUGCAAACAGCAUCCUGAAAGGCCAGUAUGAUACCUUGCAGAAAGACCGCGACUCUUUGGUGGUGAAGGGAACCACUUUGGCAGGUGAAGUCACGACGUUGAAGGAGGAAAAGGCUAAGCUGGAGCAGACGGUACAGCUCGACGUUGGUGCCAAGUCAAAAAUGGAGAAAGUUAUGAGUUGGGCGGGGUUAUCUGCCAACAGCCGAAUGGACAACUGUCUGCCGUAUAGUUAUAGUGGCUGGACAGUGAUGAUCAUGAUGCCGCAUAGCAGGAUGGCCCUGAAUGCGAACAACGGCCAUCACAGUAUGGCACACGCCUGGGCCUUCGACAUGGACAACGAUGAUGAGAUCUUCAAACUCGAGAAAGCCAACAGCCAUCCUGAUACACCUUGGACGAUUACCCACAAGAAGACUGGCAAUUUACUUUUAUUCCUCAAUGGAUCCCCGGAUUGGCAGGUCCGUUGCAGGGCAAACGGUGAUUCCGACAUCGUCGGUAAGGCAGCUCAUUGGUUCAUUGGUCGAGGAUCUUCUGAUUCCAACACAACAUGGGUACUGACAAACGCUGAAUGGCCUAACCUAUGCAUCCAAUUAGUUCAUGGAUGGGCUGAAAAUGGACGCAUGACGAAAUCGUUUGAAUGCACUAAUGCUGGUGAUGCUAACUGGGUUAUUAUCCCACUUAAUUAA